CUUGACCUUGCGAUUCGCAAUUUCGCUGACGCCGAAACAGCGCAGCCAUUGCGCCGGGGACUUCGACUUGACUCCCAAGCGAGCGCGAGAGAGGAGCCGAGCAAUGGCGACCUUAAGCAAGCUGUACUCGAUGCGCGAGGCCGCGGAGCACAACACCAGGGAGGAUUGCUGGGUCGUCAUAGACGGCAAGGUGUAUGACGUGACUUCAUAUCUGGAUGAACACCCUGGAGGAGAUGAUGUGCUCCUUUCAGCCGCAGGGAGGGACUCGACGGAAGAUUUUGAAGAAGUUGGGCACAGCAAUGAUGCUCGUGAACUGAUGCAAGCCUAUUGUGUUGGGGAGUUAGACCCGGACCAUGCUGUUAUCCCUGAGCUUGAAGUUUUCAGGAAGGACCAAUCCUCUGGUUUUACCAACAAGCUCAAGAACAUAACCUUCGAGUACUGGGCUGCAACGGCAGUCAUCGGAAUUGCGGUAGUCGCUGGCAUUCUGUACUCACGCAAAAGUUGAUUUUAAAGUUCUCAUCAAACUUCUGAACGCUUAAGACUGCGUAAUAUUAUUUUUAAUUGACUUGGUCUCCUACCAAGUUAGAGGUGCUGCUAUUUCUUAAGCAAUUUUGUGGUUAGGCCAUAAUAGAACACCUAUUCAAUCUUCUGCUACACUAAGAAUUGUUUACUAGUGGUUUUCUUUAUACUUGUUUACUAGCAAUUUUGAGUUUUAUUGCUAUUCUUUUUUAUUUCUGCA